AUGGAACAGAAAAAUGGAAGUUCUUUCACUGGGUUUAUCCUGCUAGGUUUCUCUGACAGGCCUCAACUUGAACUAGUCCUCUUUGUGGUCCUUUUGAUCUUCUACAUCUUCACUUUGCUGGGAAACACAACCAUCAUUGCAUUGUCCUACUUGGACCCACGUCUUCACACCCCGAUGUACUUUUUCCUCUCUAACCUGAGCUUUCUGGACAUGUGCUACACCACCAGCAUCGUUCCCCAGUUCCUAUUUAAUCUCAGUGGAGCAGACAAAUCCAUCUCCUUUGGUGGCUGUGAAGUUCAGUUCUUCAUCUCUCUGGCAUUGGGAUGUACAGAAUGUAUUCUCCUAGGAGUUAUGGCAUUUGACCGCUAUGCAGCUGUUUGCAGGCCCCUUCACUACACAGUAAUCAUGCACCCCCAUCUGUGUGCCCUGAUGGCUUCUGCUUCGUGGGUCACUGGUUUUGCCAUCUCCUUAUUGCAGACAGUGCUCAUCUUCCUUUUACCACUUUGUGGGAGAAAUAAAUUAGACCACUUCUUUUGUGAGAUCCCUCCAUUUCUCAAACUUGCCUGUGUUGACACCACCAUGAAUGUGUAUAUGACCUUUUUUGGCAGUGUCAUCAUUCUUCUCAUACCUGUUUCAUUAAUCAUGUUCUCCUAUGGUCGGAUUGUCAGGGCUGUGUUAAGAAUAAAGUCCACUACAGGCCGGAGAAAAGCAUUUGGCACGUGUGGAUCCCACCUCACAGUGGUCUCCCUGUUCUUUGGCACAGCCAUCUCUGUGUAUUUUCAGCCCAGUAGCAGCGACAACCAGGAUCAGGACAAGUUCAUGUCUCUCUUCUACACUGUCAUUAUCCCCAUGACCAACCCCCUCAUCUAUACGCUGAGGAACAGGGAUGUGAAGGGAGCAAUGAAGAAGGUGGUUUGGAAGGACCCUGACUCCAGAUGAUGGCUGAGGAGGACAGUUUAAUGGAAGGACUUUGAACAGCAGAACUACUCAGAUAUAUGUGUGUGCCCCAUGAGCCAUCUAAGAUUGCUUUGGCAACUCUGAAGGGAAUUUGUUUCCUUCAUUCCCUUUGAAAAGUGAGUGUUUAAAUUCUAAGUUCAUGUACUCAUUUCAACUUCCAGAGAUGCUGAUUCAGUGUUCUGACAGCAUCUGUUUUGAGGUUAUUUUUUUUUAAAGCUCCAAGGAUUUUUCUUGUUUGCGCUCCCUUUUAGGUACAUUAUUCAUCAUCUAUUUGCAAAAAGAUAUGUGAAAUUAUUAUAUGACAACAUAGCCAAAAUAAGAACAGGGAACCACUGAAACACUGUAAGGAAUAUUAACAUUUUAUCAUUUCCUAAAAAUUGCUACUUCUACAACACAUGUAUUCUGAUGCCAACAGGUAAAUUGGCACCUACAAUUGAUGAGCUUUUUCUAUAUAACAAAUCACUUCAAAAAUUAAGUUGCUUAAAACACCAACCAUUAAUUUAUCUCACAAUUAUGUGCAUUGGCAAUUUGGGCUAAGCUUAGCUAGACAAUUCUUCAGGUCUUGGCUGGACUCACUCAAAUGCCAGCAGUUAGCUUCUGGGUUGACUUAGGGCUUCCUGAUCCAAGACUGUUCCAGUUGGCAUGGUUUCCAUCUCCUUGAUUUGGUGUCUUGUCUUCCAGUAGGAUGGCCUGGAAUGUUCAUAUGGGGAAGGCCGAUUUCCAAGUUCUUGUGACCCAUUAAUUGUUCAAAUUAUGGCUACUCUCCUGCUUGACUGUCCUGUCUCUCUUUGUGCAUUCUUUACCUGCAUAAAUAGUAACUGUUAGGGUCUGUUCUUUGUUCCACUUGGAGGGUCUAGGAGGUCACAGUCUAUUUCCUCUUUCCCAGUCAACCAAAAGUAGGGCCUUCCCUGGUGGUCUAGUGGUA